UUUGCAUCAGGUUACUCCAUCCUCAGCAUAUAGGGCGGGACAUGAUGAUCAGAACUGGUUUUUAUGUUUUCUUUUGUUGAAUUCCAGUUGUCAAAACAGUAUGGCUCCAUCUUCAGUGUCCAAAUGGGACUCAAGAAAGUGGUAGUACUGACAGGAUAUGAGACGGUCAAGGAGGCAUUGGUGAACCAGGCAGAUGCAUUUGCUGAGAGGCCCUCCAACCCGAUGCUUGACAAAAUUUCCAAGGGCCAUGGUCUCGUUUUUGCUCGUGGUGAAAACUGGAAAGUCAUGAGGCGGUUUACAUUGACCACGUUACGGGACUAUGGGAUGGGCAAGAGGACUAUUGAAGACAAAAUUGUUGAAGAGUGCCGUUUCCUAAUAAGGAAAUUUGAGACUUAUGAAGGAAAACCAUUUGAAAUUAAGACAAUCAUGAAUGCUUCUGUUUCCAAUAUUAUUGUGUCCAUAUUACUUGGCAAGCGAUUUGAAUAUGAAGACCCCACAUUCUUAAGACUGCUGCAGUUGAUCAAUGAAAAUAUCCAGCUUUUGGGAACUCCCUCAGUUCUGCUGUAUAACCUGUUUCCUGCUCUUGGCUUUCUUUCUCGAGCUCACAAGACGGUGCUUAAUAACAGAGAUGAAUUUCAAGCCUUUGUAACUGCCACCUUCAUAGAACACCUCAAAGAAUUGGAUGAAAAUGACCAGAGAAGCUUUAUUGAUUCAUUUCUUAUCCGACAGCAAGAGGUAAUGGAGACUUUUAAAUAUGGCAUUGAUUGCAUUGCAGUUGUCCCAUUGUGGUUUCAAAGCAUGUGUGCAUGAUGUGGAUGCACAUGCUGUUCCCAAGAAAUCUAAAGAAAAAGCAACCACACAAAUUAGGCUAGCAAGCGUUUCCAAACAUCUAGCAAUCCUUAAGAUAGAUAGAUAGAUAGAUAGAAUUCAUGUAUGUAACACAUUUUUAUACCACCCCAUAAAUAUACAAGUUCCUAGGUGGUUCACAUGUUGCAGAUAGUGGCUGAUAUCCUGAAGCACACAUGUAAAGAGGAACAUAAGAACAGCCCUGCUGGAUCAGGCCCAAGGCCCAUCUAGUCCAGCAUCCUGUUUCCAACAGUCACCCAUCAGAUACCUCUA